AUGCGUUGCCGUUGGUUGUAUCUGAUAUUUUUGAUACUUCUGCUGGAUCAGUUGGCAAAGUCAGCUGGACAGAGAACACGCAAUGCACGCCGCUCCAAUGGUAACCAAGUACAGUCCCGCAUUGCGGGUGGCAGCAACAACAACAGCCCAGGAAGAGUUCGAGGCAGCACGGCAUUGAGGCGUCCCCAGGCUCGCAUUGUGAGCGGCAACUCGAGAAGACGGAAUCGGGGCACGAGAAGACUCAAUCGCAGAAACAGAAGAAACCAAAGAAGUAACAAUCGUAGAAGCUCUGCAAAUGGAGUUUCCUCCAGAAUUGUGAGCAACAGCGGUCAGGGAAGGAUUUCGCAGGGACCGUCGGCCUCGAUCAGCACGAUGCCACAUUUGGUGCAAGUGCAUCGUGGCUCCGAAAGCUUCUGUGGUGGCUCUCUAAUUUCUUCUCUGUGGGUUCUGUCUGCCGCCCAUUGUGUCUUUGGUUACACUGCCUCCGAUUUCUAUGUGAUUGCUGGCACCUCCCGACUCAAUGGCACUGAUGGUGUCCUAAGAACCGUUUCCUAUCUCGCAGUUACACCUCUAUUUACCAGCAGGACAAUGAACAUGGAUGCAUCGUUGCUGAAACUGUCCUCGGAGAUGACGGGCACGAAUAUUGGGACCAUUGCAUUGGCUCAAAGAAUGCCACGACCAGGUACUCAGGUUCGCAUUGCAGGCUGGGGCGCCACCAGAGAGGGAGGCAAUGCUGUAACUAAUUUGAGAUCUGUCCGGGUGACAGUCAUCCGUCAACGUCUUUGUAGAAUUCAGUACAGAGACCAGGCUACCAUUACCAAGUACAUGUUCUGCGCCGGCGGCGAAAGUGGCGAUUCAUGCAGCGGCGACUCUGGCGGAUCUGCUGUCUACAAUAAUCGACUCUUUGGCAUCACUUCCUUUGGAAUGGGCUGUGCCAGAGCUAAUUAUGCAGGUGUCUACACCAGAGUGGAAAGUAUACGAGAGUGGAUAGCCAACACAAUGGCAAAUAAUUAAUGU